GUCGUGAAGAAAUAGGCGCUAAUGGGCACGCGCAGAAAGGUUUUAUCCAGCUUUGGCCUUGGUGUCAAAGAAGCGGUUGUUGUGCAGCCGGAGUCGAAGUCUAAUGUCUAGAUACGGACGAUACGGAGGAGAGACUAAGGUUUACGUGGGUAACCUUGGCACGGGUGCGGGGAAAGGAGAACUAGAGCGAGCGUUUGGUUAUUAUGGACCGUUGAGAACAGUGUGGAUUGCUAGGAAUCCUCCAGGGUUUGCCUUUGUGGAGUUUGAAGACCCCAGAGACGCAGAAGAUGCUGUCCGCGGCCUGGAUGGCAAGGUAAUCUGUGGCUCCCGAGUUCGAGUUGAGUUGUCUACCGGAAUGCCGAGACGCUCUCGCUACGACCGCCCCCCCACCCGUCGACCUUUCGACCCCAACGACAGGUGCUACGAAUGCGGUGAGAAGGGGCACUAUGCCUACGACUGCCACCGCUACAGUAGGCGCCGGCGGAGUAGGUCCCGCUCUCGGUCGCAUUCCCGUUCCCGGGGGAGGAGGUACUCUCGCUCACGCAGUCGCAGCCGCAGCAGGAGGUCAAGAUCCUUUUCUCCUCGUAGAUCUCGGUCCAAUUCUCCAAGGAGAUCUCGGUCAGUAACACCCAAGAGGUCCAGGUCUAGAUCAAGGUCUAGAUCAAGGUCCCGAUCAGUUUCUCGCCCAAGGAGCAGGUCUGGCUCUGUUGGCAGGUCCAAGUCUGGGUCUCCAGACAGGAGCCGGUCAAAAUCUAGAUCAUCACCUCAGAAACGAAGUCGCUCCCCUUCAGGAAGUCCUCGCAGGAGUGAGAGCUCAGACAGAGACGACUAAACCUUUUUUUUUUGUGUGUUUUUUUUUUUUUUUUUUUAAGUCAAAGCACCUCUUUUAGAAAACAAGCUUUGUUUACGCAGUUGUAUGGGAUUCUCUCCCUCUCUCUCUUUCUGUCUAUCUUUGAAAUUCCAUUUGAAAAUGUGUUGACUUGUGUUCCUCUCGGUUCAUAUUUCACCCCCCCCCGUUCAAAACAAAAGCUCAAAAUAGGAACAAAAUGCGACCCAGUUUGGAGGAAUUUUUUUGGUUUGUUAGGGAAACAGUCGGUUUCAUUUUUACAUGUGGUUUUUGUGGUGCUGUAGAAACCAUAUAGAGACUGACUGGUUGUUUUUGUAUGGGCACAUUAAAUUAAAU